GUCGUCGUGCCCGUCCACGGCCUGGCUGUAGCCGCGGUACCGCAGCAGAGACGCAGUCGCCGGGAGCGCCGAGUCAGCAGCGGCGGCGGCGGCGGCGGCGGAGCCACCCGAGGCCAGGACGCUACCAGCUCCCCGGUGACAGAGCGUCGGUCCAGACGACAUGUGUGACCGGCCAAAGAUCCACGUCUUCCUGGGGGCUCCUCCUCCCUCCUCCACCCCAGCCUCGGUGUCUGAGGCUGUGGUGGAGAGUGACCAGCAUCCACCUGCCGACUGGAGACACCUGGAGCUCACCUGGCGGGAAGGACGUCUGAGGCCUGCUACAGACGAGGCUGGAAAUCGUCUGGUGGAGGAAAGAGUCGGCCAUGAGGACGUAGAAGCUGAUCAAUCUAAGCCCAGUUUACAAAGCCAGGAUGAUGAACCAAACGCUGAUCAGGAUGUCUCUUCCUCUAAAGCUGAUUGGACCACGAAGGCAUCACGAGGGCAGGAAGAACGAGCGCUGGUAGAGAACACAGAUCAAGAAGAUCUCGGCUCUGACGAUCACAGACCUGCAGAGAUUGGAGAUGAAGAGACGAAUCCCGAACAGGAAGUUCAGUGUUCGUCUUCAGUCCAAGAGUAUCUGGACAGCUGUUUCCCUGCAGCUCAGUCAGAACCACAGAAACCAGAACCUGAACCUCCACAUCAGUCGUCACCAGCCGACCCUCCUCUGUCCGCCCAGACUCACUACCUCGCCACCUGGACUCUGAGUCAGGCAUUAAUCCUGAGAGGCAGGUGUGGCGUCCAGUCAGCAACCAGCCCUGAGAAAUCCCCGCCUCCCCGAACCCCACCCAAACAUACCAAAAAUCCUCCAUCUAUCUCCUCCAGCACCCCAGAGCUCUUCAGCCCGGUAACCCCAUCACCUGAAGCCUCUGCCGAACUCUUCAGCCAACCCAGCCCGACCCCGAGGGUGCAGGAAGGAGGUGUCAUUAUCGAGGCCACCACAGACGGAGUGCUCUGCUCCCAGGAGGCUGAGCAGCAGACCACUCAAGACUCCCCGUCUAAAUCCCCCAAUCUCAAGAAAGCUCGAAUCUCAGAAAACCUUGAAGCAUCUGCGGUGUCGACCGACAGCACAGCCACUACUGCCACCACCACUGCCACCACUGCCACCGGGCUCCAAGGUCCCACCACACUUCUGAUCCGUUGUGACAAACAAGGUGUUCGGUACUCAGUUCUGGUGGCAGUCGUCCAUCCCUGCCACCUGAAGGAGGUCAAGGUUAGGUCCGGGCCGGCGGCAGGGACCUCCGUUCCUCUGGCAUCCAUCGUGGUGAUGGACCAAUCAGGUGUUGAGAUGAAGGUGGUGCUGUGGCGGCAGACGGCGUUCUGGGCAUUGACCGUCAGUCCUGGAGACAUUCUGCUCAUCACAGGACUGCAGGUAAAUGAAGACAGGUGGAGAGGGGAGACAGUGCUGCAGUCGACCUUAAGCAGCAAACUGCUCAACCUGGGACAGAUCACUGCCUCCGCCUCACCACCAGCUCCUCAGCAUGUUAACGCUCGCACUCUCAGCUCUCUAUGUGGCUUUCUUCGGGAGCGGCGCCCCCUGCUGGUGUCUUCAAACCUCCGCCCCCCUCAGGACCUGAACCGCCUCCCCUACGCCACCCUGAGGUCACUAAGGGUCAACACUCUGGUCCAUGCCCUGCUGCACAUCACUCAUACACACAUCAGCACAGCGUGGCGGAGUGAGGCUGAGUCUCGCUGCAGGUCGGCUGUUCAGCUGCAGGCCAUUCUAACUGUGGAGCAGCCGGAUGGUCAGCAGGGGGCGCUACUGCUGUGGGGAGCAGCUGUGAAGUGGCUGCCUCGCUUCAACAGAGACAAAGGUACACAAACAAAAACAGGUUUACCAUAGACCCUUUCACUAUUAGUAAACAGUAUGAUGUUUUUUGGUGGGCGGGGCUUAGCUGGAGGCAAAACAAUUCUCCACAGGCAUUAGCUAAUACUAGCUAGCAAGUUCUGUUGGUUUGUUUAAGACAACGGAGGAAGAUGAUGUGAGUAGUGAGUUCAGAAAUACUCAGUCUGAGUGUGGGAGUGCUAAUCUAAUGUGCUAAAAAGUUAGCGUUGCAGAGAAAUCCAAUCUUCCUCUUAAUCCCUCCCCAGUUUCUGAUGAGGUGGACAUGAUA